UACAAGUCAAUUUGUGCGUAGUGCGUGUUCUUCAAGCAAAGCAGGAUUUAUUUAUUUCAUAAUAUGAAAUCAUUUUUAUUGUUUGUGGAUAGAAGUGGAGUUUAUAAUUUGCAACGGUGAAUUUUGUGUGUGAAAUUAGAUGAACAAUUGAGGUUUUGUAUUCAUUUUCUUAAAUAUUGAAUUGAAUUGAGGAAAUCUUUAUUCAUAAACAUGUACAGGUAGAUUAGAAACAGCGGCAGUUCCUGUGUAAAUAUGUUAGUGAACAAUUUGUAAGUUGAUUAUAAAUAUGAGUGGGGUUAGGUUAGAAAUUCAAUGGGUACCGGGACUACCGGACAAAUUCAUAACAUGGGGAACCGAAAUCUACCUUUACAGCACAUGUCUUCGAAAAAACAUGAACCCGAAUUCAAAAUCACAUUUUGUGGACAUUUCUGACAAAAGUGUUGCCCAACAUCUGGCUACAAACUCCAACCAUCACUAUGUGAAAUGUGUAGAUAUUUACCCGAAACCUGACCCUGAUGUCUUGAUGGCAAUCGGUCAAGCCAAUGGUAAAGUCACCCUCACAAGUUUUGGACCCAGUGUUUACGAUACUAUGGGUCUGACUGGUUCCGAAAUACCAUCCAAACACGCUCGGCAAUGUAAUGCUAUCUCGUGGAAUCCCGUGGACACGAAUUUAAUCGCGGUGGGUUUGGAUAAGUACCGAAUGGAACAUUCUGUCAUGGUAUGGGAUGUUGUGAAAGGUUCCUCAAGGGCGGGACAUUACUCCACAAACCCUGCCGAAUAUCCUCGACCUUGUUCUGAGCUAGGUUUAUCAGAUACUGCUCACUCUUUAGCAUGGCUCCGUACACAGCCUCGUUCUCUAGUCAUAGGAAUGAACAACAAACAUUUGAAACUAAUCGAUGCUAGAGAUGCGUCAAAAGUUGUCAAUUCAGCUCCUACUAAAGCUGUGUACGGAGUCGUUAUAGCUCCUUUCAACGAUUAUCAAAUGGCUUCAUAUUUUGAAAAUCAAAUUGUGAUUUGGGAUAUGAGAAGUUUCGACAAACCAGUUUUGACUCUUUAUCAACCGAAACCUGUGACGAAGAUUCUUUGGUGUCCCACAAGGUUCAAUCUGCUAGGUUCUAUUCAGCGUGACUCAGCAAUGAUUAAUCUUCAUGAUGUUCAACAGUCAGUGGACGAUACAGAGCCGUCAGUGCUUGAACGUAUGGUUCAACCUGGUCCCGAGGCUCAGCUCACCUCAUUUUCUUGGCACCCUAAAGAUGAAAAUCGUUUGCUAGCAAUCACCCUGAACGGCGCAAUAGUAGAUUACUGUGUUUUCGAACGAAUGACACUGAACUGGGCCACUUCUUCACAUUUGGUUUGGACUUUCGGCCGGCGAACUUUGAAGUUGUUGAAUGAAAAGCACAAAGUUUACGAGGAUUUGGAUGAUAUAUCAGUGAUGAUGAAGCGGAGAGCGAUGAAAGGUUAUGGUUUGAAAGGGGAACUGUGGCAGAAUUCUGAGUUGGCUGAAAAUGAGUCGUUGAGUCAUAUUUGGCAGUGGUUGCAUCUGAGUAAAUCCUUGGUCGAUGAUGGAACGUUAGAAGUCACCAACACCAAGCAUCCUGGAGUCAGAUCAGUGCUGGGAAUGGAUGCUAACAAUACAGUUAUCAAUAAGUCGGAAUUACUUACUCUACCUUGGGCUGACUUACAGCAUAAUAGCUCCACAAUAAGAGUAUAUAGGAGCGAGGACCGUGACAAAGCGCUGCUGUUGUGCGGCUGGAAGUUGGCGGUUGCCGCCAAGGGUGCCCUGGACGGGGGGUCGUCGGGGUCGUGGGGCCUCGAGCGCCUAGGGUGCGACCCAGAGGGUGGACUCAAGGAGCAUGCGCGCGCUGCCGCCAUGGCUGUAUUCAGUUUGCGUUUGCGCAAGGCCAUAGAAAUCCUCAAACAAGGUGCGCGGAAAGCUGAGGAAAUUGGCAACAGUGCGCAUGCGUCACAUCUCAACAUUGUUGCUAUGGCUUUGUCAGGUUACUCGGAUGACAAGAACUCGAUGUGGCGGGAACUGUGCAUCAACUCCCGCAGUCUCCUGUCCGACCCCUACCUGAGAGCCAUGUUUGCCUUCCUCACUGCCGAGUCGGACACCUAUGAUGGAGUGCUGAACGAGCACGGCAUGGCAGUAGAGGACCAGGUGGCGUUCGCUUGCACCUUCCUCUCCAACCGUCGAUUGGCCGACUACCUCACCGAACUGGGCAGCCGGUUGACCGCUGCAGCCGACCUCUGCGGUCUACUGCUGACCGGCACCGGCACGACAUCAGACAGUGUGACCGUGCUGCAGUGCUACCUGGACGCGACGGGUGACGUGCAGAGUGUCAGUCUGUUGGCCGCGCGUGCCUACACCGCUGACGUCAUCGAUAAUGAUGUCGUGCAAGGAUGGAUAUCAAGUUACCGCACCCUGUUGGAUACGUGGCGCAUGUGGACAGAGCGGGCGCACUUGGAUGCGCUGCUUUGCGCCCGCCAGGUGGUGGCGCGCCCCUCGCAACAGGUGUUUGUGGCGUGCAACUUCUGCGCUAAGAGCAUAGCAGCCAACAUGCAGCAGGGUGGAGGUAUGGGCCUGGGGCGGGUGAGGGGCGGCGGUGGCCAGCCAGGGGGGUAUGCGGCGCGCAUUGGCACCACGGCUAAUCGGCUCAAGAUCUCGUCCUGCCCCAACUGCCGUAAACCCCAGCCUCGCUGUGCCAUCUGCCUAGUCAACAUGGGCACGCCAUCACUGGGUGGAGGAGGAGGAGGCUCCGCCCCAUUCACCCCCACCACCUCGAUGCGUGGCGGGGGAGGAGUAGGCUCCGCCCCUUUCACCCCCACCACCUCGUUGCGGACCACACCCACUUCCCCUCCCGCCACUGCGCUGGCCACGCCCACCACACCACUCAAACUGUCCGAGUUUGCUUCAUGGUUCACUUGGUGUCUGAACUUCGUAUGAUCGCUCAAACUGUUUG